UUUCAGGAUCCUUUCUUGAAUGUCCUGGCUGCCAGUAGAAUUGGAGGCAGGAGGAGACUAAUGACCAAACCGUGACAGCCCUGGAUUCCCCUGCUUCUGGCUGCUCUGAGUAACCACUGGGCUCCUGUGGAGAUGAAUGGAGAACAGCAGUAUGAUGCAGAUGCUGGUUCCAGUGUGGAAGAAAUGGAAUUCAAUUGGGAUGAGUAUCUAGAAGACACAGGAACAAUUGCAGCUCCCCAUGGAUCUUUUAAACAUGUAGAUACAAGUUUGCAGAAUGGUUUUGCCCCUGGUAUGAAGCUGGAAGUAGCUGUCAAGUCUGACCAAAACACGUACUGGGUAGCCACCAUCAUUACAACCUGUGGGCAGCUGCUCCUGUUGCGCUACGAUGGUUACGGGGAAGACCGCAAGGCUGACUUUUGGUGUGAUAUCAUGACAGCUGAUUUACACCCCAUUGGCUGGUGUGAGCAGAACGAGAAGGUUCUCAAAGUGCCUGAAGGUAUCAAGGAGAAGAUACCUGACCAGGAGGAAUUCCUUCAGCGGGUGCUGAAAGGAGCAUGCAGUGCUCCUGCCAACCUGCUGGAGGGGCUUCACAGAGGGAAAAAUCCAUUGGAUCUGAUUGCACCAGGCUCCCGACUAGAAUUGCAAAACACCCGGGAUUCCCUGGAAGCCUGGAUAGUCAAUGUGGUAGACAACAUUGGCGGGAGACUUAAGCUGCGAUUUGAAGGGCUGGAGGAUUCUGACAAGUUCGACCAAUGGAUAUUCUACUUGGACCCUUUCCUUCAUCAAGUGGGGUGGGCAGCUCAACAUGGAUAUAGCCUGCAACCACCUUUAGCCAUUAGGUCCUUGAAGAGUGAAGCAGAUUGGCAAGAGAUCCUGAAGAAGGUGAAAGAGGAGGAAGAGGAGUCAUCAGUUCCUACAGAUCUUUUUAAGGAUAAGCCUGUGAUUGGAGUGCAUUCUUUUUCUGAAGGCAUGAAGUUAGAGGCUGUGGAUCCAAUGGCUCCUUUUGUAAUCUCUCCUGCUACAGUUCUUAAGGUAUUCAAUGAAAAAUAUUUCAUGAUAGAAAUUGAUGACUUGAGGCCAGAGCGUACAACCAGCCAGUCUUAUAUUUGUCAUGUCAACAGUGCCGGUAUUUUCCCUGUGCAAUGGAGCAUGAAGAAUGGCUUGCAUCUCAGUCCCCCACCAGGUUAUCCUGGGCAGGACUUUGAUUGGGCAGACUACCUCAAACAAUGUGGUGCUGAGGCAGCUCCCCAGAGCUGCUUCCCUUUGUUAACUUCUGACCAUGGAUUUAAAGAGAAUAUGAAACUUGAGGCUGUGAACCCGGUUGAUCCUGAAGAAGUUUGCAUUGCUACAGUCACCAAGCUGAAAGAUUCCUACCUCUGGCUUCAGCUGGAGGGCUCCAAGAAACCCAUCCCUGAUUGUAUAGUGAGCGUGGAAUCAAUGAAUAUCUUUCCAGUGGGUUGGUGUGAGACAAAUGGAUAUCAGCUCAGACCUCCUCGCAAAGCAAUAGUAAACAAGCAGAAAAAAAUUGCAGUUGUUCAACCAGAGAAACAAAUUUUGUCUUCAAGGACAGUUCAUGAUGGACUAAAGAACCAGGAGCUGAACUCUUCUGACUCAGUGGUGAUUAAUGGAAAGUACUGCUGCCCAAAGAUCUACUUCAACCACCGGUGCUUCUCAGGGCCUUACCUUAACAAAGGCAGGAUCGCGGAGCUCCCUCAGUCUGUGGGACCUGGGAACUGCGUUCUGGUUCUGAAGGAGGUUCUCACUUUAUUGAUCAAUGCAGCUUACAAACCCAGCCGUGUCCUGCGAGAGCUGCAGUUGGAUGAAGAGGCUGCAUGGCACGGGCACGGAGAGACCCUGAAAGCCAAGUACAAAGGGAAGAGCUACCGUGCAACUGUGGAGGUUGUGAGGACGGCAGAUCGGGUGGCAGAUUUCUGUAGAAAAACAUGUAUCAAGCUGGAAUGUUGUCCAAACCUCUUCGGCCCUCAGAUGGUGCUGGAUAAGUGUUCAGAGAACUGCUCUGUCCUGACAAAGACUAAAUACACACACUAUUAUGGAAAGCGGAAAAACAAGCGGAUAGGCAGGCCUCCAGGUGGCCACAGUAACCUGGAAGUAGCCAUGAAGAAACCAAAUAAAAGACGGAAGAGACGAAAACAUUUUUUUGUUCAUAAGAAGAAACGUUCUUCUGCUUCAGUGGAUAACACUCCAGCUGGAUCUCCUCAGGGCAGUGGGGGAGAAGAGGACGAUGACCAGGAUGAGGUAGAUGAAGAAUCUCUGACUGAGGGUAGUACCUCAGAGCACCAAGAUGAAUUGCUUGAGGAAUCAGAGGUAUCAGAGAAGAAAUCACUGUCAUCCUCUCCUACACAGAGUGAACUGUCUCAUUCCCUGGCUCAGGACCGAGACAAACGGAAGAGGAAGCUCAGGACCUUUUCCUUUUCUGAUGAUGAAAACAAACCUCCUUCACCAAAGGACAUAAAGAUGGAAGUUGCUGAAAAGCUGCAGCUGGACAGUAACCCUCUGGAGUGGAGCGUGGCUGACGUUGUGCGAUUCCUCAAAUCCACUGACUGUGCACCACUGGCAAGAAUUUUCCUUGAUCAGGAAAUCGAUGGCCAGGCACUGCUGCUGCUCACCCUGCCCACUGUUCAGGAGUGCCUGGACUUGAAGCUUGGACCAGCUAUUAAACUUUGCCAUCACAUUGAGAGGGUCAAACUUGCCUUUUACCAGCAGUUUGCUAACUGA